CGGGAAAAGGCCGAAUGACGUCUGGCCAGUCUCGACUCCACCCGAGCAGAUCCUCCCCGCGACUAAAGAAUUUCUCUUCGGCUUUGUCAUUGUCUGCCUUCCUCCAUGAUAGAGUCUCUGUGAUCCACGCAUACCCUGCGCUCGGCUUUUUAAGUCACUACUGUCAUCGUUGACGCCUCGCGGUCUUUUAUAGUCUUGUUUAGGUGGUUCUUACUUUCAACAGCCUCUCACCAUGGCCGAAUCUCCCGUCGCCGUCGUCUGCGUGGGCAUGGCAGGCUCUGGAAAGACGACCUUCAUGCAACGAAUCAACUCGCAUCUCCAUUCGCAGAAGAAAGUGCCCUACGUGCUGAACCUGGACCCCGCCGUUUAUUCCGUUCCGUUCGAGAGCAACAUCGAUAUUCGCGAUUCGAUCAAUUACAAAGAAGUCAUGAAGCAGUAUAACUUGGGACCCAACGGCGGUAUCUUGACGUCGCUCAAUCUGUUCGCUACCAAGGUUGAUCAGAUCAUCUCGCUGCUGGAGAAACGCACCGCACCGAACCCGGGCAACCCCUCCGCCAAGCCCAUCGAACACAUCUUGGUUGAUACUCCGGGACAGAUCGAGGUUUUCGUGUGGAGUGCCUCGGGCAGUAUCUUGCUAGAGACUCUGGCAUCCUCGUUCCCCACGGUGAUUGCAUACGUGAUCGAUACCCCGCGCUCCAGCUCCACGAGCACCUUUAUGAGCAACAUGCUUUACGCCUGCAGUAUCCUUUACAAAACGAAGCUACCCAUGAUCUUGGUGUUCAACAAGACGGACGUUCAGGACGCCGAGUUUGCGAAGGAGUGGAUGACCGACUUCGACGCGUUCCAGCAAGCACUGCGACAGGAAGAGGAAACGGGCGCGUUCGGAACCGAGGGUGCCGCUGGAGGUUUCGGGGCGGGGAGUGGAUACAUGGGCUCCCUGCUCAACAGCAUGAGCUUGAUGCUCGAGGAGUUUUAUCGGCACCUGAAUGUCGUGGGUGUCAGCUCCAUGACCGGUGACGGUGUUGAUGAUUUUUUCAAGGCGGUGGAAGAGAAGCGCCAGGAGUUUGAACGGGACUACAAGCCAGAGCUGGAUCGCAAGAAGAAGGAGCGGGAGGAGACCCAGGCCGCCCAGCGCGAAAUUGAGCUGGGUAAACUGAUGAAGGACAUGAACGUUUCGGGGUCCGGUCCCAGCCGGCGUGCGGAUAAGGAGGCCGAGACCGUCAGCGAGGCCGAAGACGAGGAAGAGGAAGCCGCCGCGGCUAAGCGGAGAGGAGACCUCGAGGAGUCAGAUGAUGAUGAUUACAGCGGCGAGGACGAUAACGCCCCUGCUGCUGGCGACAACGAUGGGCUCUCCGAGCGGUACAAGCAAGCGCUGGGGGGCUCGCGCAAUGCCCCUUCGGACCAAGACAUGAGCUUCACCAGAUACUUGCGGGCGAACAACAUUAACCAAUGAUAUCCCAACCUCCAACAACAUUUGCAUAGGCUCUGGUUUCUGUUUCCUAGGUGUUUUUCAAAGGAGUUACUUUUUAUGGUCAUUUCAUGUUCUCAUCUUAACCCGACAUGAAUAAAUGAGUUAGAUUUUCGAAAUAUCAGUUCAAGUU